UCCCUUUUUCCAUCUUUUGUUCAAGUUUUGGCUUUGAGAGAGAAAAUGAAGACGUUUUGCAUGUGGGUUCUUCCUGCUCUUGCCUUUUGUUUUGUUUGGAGCAUUGGUGCUGAGAAAAGUCCAAAAAUAGAGAGAAUUUCUGGGAGUGCUGGAGAUGUCCUGGAAGAUGAUCCUGUGGGGAGGCUUAAAGUUUAUAUUUAUGAACUUCCAAGCAAAUACAAUAAGAAACUUCUUCAGAAAGAUCCCAGAUGUCUCACUCAUAUGUUUGCAGCCGAGAUUUUUAUGCACAGAUUUCUUUUAUCCAGUCCUGUCAGGACUCUGAACCCUGAGGAGGCUGAUUGGUUUUACACCCCGAUUUACCCCACUUGUGAUCUUACACCCACUGGCUUGCCAUUGCCAUUCAAAUCUCCCAGGAUGAUGAGAAGUGCCAUACAACUCAUCUCCUCAAAUUGGCCCUAUUGGAAUCAGACUGAAGGGGCUGACCACUUCUUUGUUGUGCCUCAUGACUUUGGGGCUUGCUUCCAUUAUCAGGAAGAAAAAGCAGUUGAAAGGGGAAUACUCCCAUUACUCCAGCGCGCUACUUUGGUCCAAACUUUUGGGCAACGCAACCAUGUGUGCUUGAAUAAGGGCUCUAUCACAAUUCCUCCAUAUGCUCCACCACAAAAGAUGCAGGCUCACCAGAUUCCUCCAGACACUCCACGCUCAAUCUUUGUCUACUUCCGGGGCUUGUUUUAUGAUGUAAAUAACGAUCCAGAAGGGGGUUACUAUGCAAGAGGAGCAAGGGCAGCUGUGUGGGAGAAUUUUAAGAACAAUCCUCUAUUUGACAUCUCUACUGAUCAUCCAACAACAUAUUACGAAGAUAUGCAGCGAGCAAUCUUCUGUUUGUGCCCUCUAGGGUGGGCGCCGUGGAGUCCAAGGCUUGUUGAGGCAGUAGUCUUCGGCUGCAUCCCUGUAAUCAUCGCAGAUGAUAUCGUUCUACCCUUCGCAGACGCCAUCCCCUGGGAAGAAAUUGGAGUGUUUGUAGCAGAGGAAGAUGUGCCUAACUUGGACACAAUCCUCACAUCCAUACCAACUGAAACAAUUCUGAGAAAACAAAGGCUUCUUGCAAACCCUUCGAUGAAACGUGCAAUGUUGUUUCCUCAACCGGCGCAAUCUGGAGACGCUUUCCAUCAAAUCUUGAACGGUCUAGCCCGGAAACUGCCGCAUGCCAAGAAUGUUUACUUGAAGCCUGGGGAAAAGACUUUGAACUGGACUGCAGGGCCAGUUGGAGACUUGAAACCUUGGUAAUGGAAGUGAAUUUAUGGUUUUUGUAAGGCUUUGUUUCAAGUGUUUAAACUUGUUUUUGUUUAGGUUCAAAUUGGCUGAUACCAAAAAUUUUGAUUUUGUGUAGAUGAUUAAACUAUAGAAAUGCAUAAUUUGGACAUAGUUGUAUAGUCGAUGAAUUCAGCUUUCAGUUUUUUUUUUUU